AUUUAAUUUUACAGACGAAUGUGCUCGAUAGCGAUGCCAGCGGAGCUGAUAUUGGGUCACAGUCCUCCAGUCUACGGACACCAUCACUUUUUGUACAACCCACUGAUGGUAACAGCGUCCCCUGGAAAUGGAAUUAGGCCCUGCAUAACUUCGACCAUAGACCAGCUAUCCGGGCUCACUAUCAAUCAUUUCAAUAAACAGCCCAAGAAUGACAGUGAGGACAUCAGGAAGGGGAAUGAUAAACAAAAGAAGCGCGUGGUCUUUGCUGAUGACCGUGGGAGACCUUUAACUCAAGUUCGUGUGAUGUCAGAACCAAGCAACAUGCCUCCAUCAUUCUACCCAACCGGCUACUUAUCAAAAGCAAUCCGAGACCAAGCAGAAGCGACAACUAACCCCUGGAUAGCCCACUUCCAGCAGCCUGCUAGCGACUACCUGGCCUUUAGACAGAAACUCGACCAAAAUUCAGUCUGUCUGGAGAACGUGAUAAUCCGCGAAGCGGAAGAGUGUCUCGACGGGACCAUCAAGGUCAAGAACGUCGCCUAUGAUAAAGAGGUCCUGGUGAGGACCAGUAGAGACAACUGGAAGUCCCACGAGGACGUCUACUGCACUUUUGUACAACAAAUGGGCGCCAAUGCUAUUCAGCCCAAGUUUAUACUUUAUGAUACCUUCAAGUUCCGCGUGACCUUGCCUGCUAACGCUGAUAAGAUAGAGUUCUGCGUCUGCUAUCGCGUUAAUGGUCAGGAAUUCUGGGAUAAUAAUGAUGAGAAGAAUUAUGUCGUGAAGAAACGUCCUGAGUGCCGACGUUACUCAUUGUUUUCACAAAUGGACGCUAAAAUUCCAAGCAACGUUUUGAAUACAGUAGAGGUGAACAACGGAGAUAAUACCAUCGGAUCUGGAAAACCCAGCGAGGCGGUCAGAGCUAACAUUCUUACCUGGAGCGAAUUCGCUUCUUGGCAGCAUUUGAAUAACGACGCACCUUAUUGGUGA